ACAUUCGCAAAAGCAGAAGCAGCAAAGCCACGCAGAGAAAAGGGCAAAAUCAUCCUCAUCCUCGAACUUAGGCAGAACACUGUACUUACAAUCACAAGAAAAGAAAAGAGAAGAGCUUUGUUUCGAACAGGAACAGAUAGAAAGAAGCUUUUUAGUUUACUCUCUGUCUAUGAGCUGUUUAAGCAAGACAUCGGUUUCGAUCCCUAUAGAAAUUCAAAUCCCAGUUCUUUUGGCGAAGCCUUCGCCAUUACAUGUCACAAAGAGGAACCUGAUAUCGGUGGGGUUGACCCGAUACAAACCCGAAUUGGUUUUCAGGUGGAAGACAAAGAAAAUGGCGAACGCCCUCGAUACGUCACCGUUGUCGCUGAUGUUGACUUCUGGGGCUAGUGGGCGCAUGAACGCGCUUCUCUCGCCUCGGGUGUGGAGGAGCCUGGUGAUGCUUAUCAACGCGUUUGUGCUGCUUCUCCUGGUCCCGGUCUGUGGGCGAAGGCGAAGGCGGAGCCCGUCAUCCUCGUGGCCGAGAAGGGAAGAGAAGCGUGAGGAAAGCGGCGGGACCCAGCAUCAUCACAGGAAGGGUGGUGACGGUGGACCCUUGGUUCGGGUCCCGGCGAAGAUUCUUCUGUGGUUGAAGAGGGGCGUAGUGGAGCAGGAAGUCGCGAAGAGGAGAGCUCUGGCGAUGAGGAGAGUGUUGCAGGAUGAUGGUGAUGACAAGAGCUUGGUGAGGGAGUACUCUCUGUUUGUUACGACGAGAGGCGAUACCAUUUUCACGCAGUCAUGGACGCCAGUUUCAAUCAGGAAGAGGGGGGUGGUUCUUAUUAUGCAUGGCUUGAAUGAACACAGUGGCAGAUAUAAUGAUUUUGCAAAGCAGCUGAAUGCUAAUGGCUUUAAGGCUUAUGGAAUGGAUUGGAUUGGUCAUGGUGGAAGUGAUGGGCUGCAUGCAUAUGUUCAUUCGCUUGAUGACGCUAUUACAGAUAUGAAGUCAUUCAUCAGGAAGAUUUUAGCAGAGAAUCCUGGGCUUCCAUGUUUUUGCUUUGGACAUUCAACAGGUGCAGCAAUUGUUCUGAAGGCAAUGCAUGACCCAAAGGUGGAAGCCCGUGUAUCUGGUGCAGUACUGACAUCACCUGCAGUUGGAGUUGAGCCAUCCCAUCCCAUUUUUGCGGUACUGGCCCCAAUUUUGUCAUUUUUGUUGCCAAAAUAUCAACUUCGUGCUGCUAUUAAGAAGGGAACACCAGUUUCUCGGGACCCAAAUGCCCUAAUAGCCAAGUAUUCAGAUCCACUAGUGUAUACUGGAUCCAUCAGGGUAAGGACUGGUUAUGAGAUUCUCCAAAUGACCUCCUACUUGCAGCAGAAUCUGAGCAAAUUGAGAGUGCCUUUUUUAGUUCUCCAUGGCACUGCUGACACUGUAACUGACCCAGAAGCUUCUCAGAAACUGUAUGAAGAAGCUUCUUCGGCUGACAAAGCCAUCAAAUUGUAUGAGGGAUGCUUACAUGAUCUCCUUUUUGAACUGGAACGAGAGGCUAUUGUGGAAGACAUAAUUGAAUGGUUGAAUUUUAGGGUUUGAUGGCAGAUGGUGCAGUAAGAGAGAGUAUUGAGAAGUUCUCGAACUAGAACUUCUUAUCUAGUGACCAUUUCUAUGGAACCUUGGAAAAGGCUUUCCAAUGAAAAAAAGGAGAAAAAAGGGGUAGCUGAUUAAAACACUAAGGCAAGCCUUAUGUUGAGAAUCUGACCCUGUUUCAUUUUUCUUACACAACCUGUAAAACUAGUGACUGAAGAAAGAGGAGGAUUGCUUGGUUUGGAGCAUUUGCCUUUGUAAUGAAUACAUGUAAAUGAUUUAAGUAUUUGAACUUCGAAAACAAUAAAAUUACUUGUUUUAAUGCUA